UUGUCCAGACCUCUUCCUUCCCGCCCCCUUCGCUGAAGACAGAGAGGCAACUAGGAAGCGGAAGCAGCCGUUAUCCGUCUGUCGUGUGCAAGGGGGGGGGGUCCCAAUCCCGGGGGGCUGGCAAGCCCUUAUUUUUUUUGGAAUUGUGGGUCGAGGGGCUGCAAACAUUGGAGCGAACCUGCAGGAAUUUGGUCCCGGCGCUGCGAAGGUGCCUCCAUGCAUCAGGAUGACAGUGAAGCUGGGCGACAGCAGCAGCAGCAGCAGCAGCAACGCCGAGGAAGGGCUGAGGAAACCGGGCAAGCGAGCCGGGGGCGGCGAGGAGGAAGAGGAGUCCCUGGAAGAAGGGGCCGGGGAAGGCGGCGGAGGGGAGACCCCCUCGGGCGGCGGCGGGGCCGGCAGCCAGAAGGAAGAGGCCGCCCUUCAAAGCGGGGCCACCACCACCACUCAUGGGGAGCCCCAGCCCUCCUCCUCUUCGUCCGCCGUCCCCCUGCCUCUGCCCCCAGCCCCGGCGGCCGCCCCCUCCACCCAGCCGCCCCACAGCCAUGACCAGCAUCAUUUCCUCAGGUCCAGCGUCAGACCUCAGAGCAAAAGGUUCAGGAAGGAUUCUCAGGCAUCCUGUGCAGUGACAGUAGCAGGAGGAGGAGGAGGCGGCAGCACCACCACCACCACCACCGCCAGCAGCAAUACUUUGCCUGCAAAGGGGAAAGGUGCAGAUAAUAGUGGCACGUCAUCUGGCAGCUCAUCAGGAAUCCCUACAAGCACCUUGGCUGGCAGUUCAAAAUCUGCUACAAGAAAUCUGGGCUCCACACCUGGAGAAAAGGAGGAAGGCAAGAAGGUCAGGCGUCAGUGGGAAUCAUGGAGCACAGAAGAUAAGAAUACCUUCUUUGAGGGUCUUUACGAGCAUGGAAAAGAUUUUGAAGCAAUUCAAAAUAAUAUUGCGCUGAAGUACAAGAAGAAAAGCAAGCCGGCAAGCAUGGUGAAGAACAAAGAGCAAGUUCGACACUUCUACUAUCGCACCUGGCACAAGAUUUCCAAAUACAUUGACUUUGAUAAUGUUUUUUCUCAAGGGCUCAAAAAAUCCUCCCUGGAGCUCUAUGGCUUAAUUUGUUACGGAGAGCUAAGAAAGAAGAUUGGGGGCUGUAUGGAUGACAAAAAUGCUGCGAAACUCAAUGAGCUCAUCCAAGUUGGAGCUACUACGGUCCGCUACAAAGGGAGGAACCUUCGCAUCAAAGCUCCAAUGUGUCGUGCUCUGAAGAAACUCUGUGACCCAGAGGGCAUUAGUGAUGAGGAGGAUCAGAAGCCUGUCCGUCUUCCACUGAAGGUUCCAGUUGAGCUGCAGCCACGGAAUAACCACGCAUGGGCCCGUGUGCAGAGCCUGGCCCAGAAUCCAUGUCUCAGAAUGAUUGUAGAGCUACAUCGCAAGGUGUCCAGCCUCAUCGAGUUCCUGAAACAGAAAUGGGCUCUGCACGAAGUGCGCAUCCGCAAAACACUUGCAGAAAGGCAGGUACAAGACUUGAGGAAUUCCGAAAUGAGUGACAUCUACCCAGAGGAGAAAGCAAUGCUCCAUCUCUUCCCUGGCGAGAACUGCACAAUUACACCCCUCCCUGGGGUUGCCCGAGUUGUACACUCCAAAGCUUUCUGUACAGUGCAUUGGCAAGAAUCUGGCCGUUGCAAGCAGAAUACAAAGGACUCUCAUUUGCUGCCCCCUGCCCAAAUUUUAGGCAUACAAAGUGGUCAGGGAACAGCCAGAGGACAGGUGAAAUACCCCCGGGGAGGGACGGAAGUCAAGGGUGGAACCAGGACAGAGGCUGCAAGCGAAGGAAGUCGAAACAACCCGUCAACCUUGGAUGCCACAGCAAAUGCUGAAGACUGUUCCCCAGAGACUGAGCUUCUAGAGCUAGCCUCCCCAAACUCCAGUGUGGCGAACAGUCUUGAUAAAUUGUCCUUUGGGCUUCAGGACCCCCAUAGGGUGCUCGAAAGGCCGGUUGCCCCAGACUGUUUGACUGAGGGUAGGGAGGUGGUUGAGUUGGCAGCUAGGCCAGCCUCUGGCAGUGCAAGUUGUGACUGUGGUCGUAUCCCCCCUGAUUUGGAGGAGCUCUCUCUGCUUGACCCCUUUCCCCGGUACAUGAAGUCCUGCCAGGACCUUAUUGUCCCCGAGAAGUGUCUUUGCACACACAGAAUGAACAGGAAAGAUUUUGCCUUUUCAGCGAGAUCCCCUCCUGGGACUUUGUUGUCUGUCCCCCCAGAGACUGGCAGCCAAAAUCCUGCACAGCCAACAAGGUGUGUGGCGGCAGUGGCCAGCUGCGUCCCAUCUGGCUCUGAAACUCAGGCCCUCCACGCCUGUGGGCCACAAGCAGAGCCGGGUGCUAAGGAGAUUCCCAAUGCAGUGAUGGAGGACUCUCAGGAGAAGCUCAACACCCCCUUACUGCCACCACCUCUGCCACCUCAGGGACAAUUGGUCACAAAAUCCCUCAAGGAUGACCCAAGCCGCCUUGCACAACAGGUCAGAGAGGAGGGAUGGAGCCUGCGGACCUCCGAGAGCCUUACCUUGGCCGAAGUCUACCUCAUGAUGGGCAAGCCGAACAAGUUGCAGCUCGAGUACGAUUGGCUGUCUGUCUUGGGGCCAGAAACCCAGGAGUCAGGGGAACAGGUGCCUGAAUCAAGAUCUGUCCCUCCUCCAGCCACCUGCCACAAGCAGAAGCUCCUCAACUGCCUCUUGAAACUCAUCUCUACAGAAGUGAACCCCAAACCAACCCCUGAAAUGAACUCUGUUGCAACAUCCCCCAUCAAGCCCACUCAAGAGGAGCAUGCUCUGACACCUCCUGGGAAAGUGAUCGCCAUCAGCACUAGGAGCCCAGGCUGUGCACGCAACCAACCUGCCCUUCACAAGAAGUCCUUUUCCCCCAAUGCCACUUCCACCUCCUCAGGUUUGAGAAAUUCCUCUAGACCGCUCUUGGUGUCUGGCCCUUCAGGUUCUGGAAGUGUCGAUGCAGAUGGUGGCCUGUUUGCUGUUCCCACGACUCUCCCGCCUAACAGCAGACACGGAAAGCUUUUCUUGCAAAGUAAAGAAACGGAGCUCUCGUUCCGGCAGCGCUUGGACACGAUCAGUAUGCAAUCUGAUUUCUUCUUGCCAAAGCCAAGGAAGCUACGUAGUAGACAUCUACGGAAACCUCUAGUAGUACAGAGAACACUGCUUCCCAGGCCAUCUGGAAAUCCAUCCCAGCAUGUCUGUUCCUUCUCCAUUCUGUCCAACUCUUCUGCAACAGGAAGAGGUUCUUUUCGACCCAUCCAGUCUUCACUUAUGAAAGCGGCUGUCUCUCGCCCCAUUGUUCCCAAGAUUCUUCCUGCUCAAACCACCAACCAUCUGUCCAGUGCGAUUGAUUUGGCAGCCAAAAGUGCCGGUAUUAUUCCUGGCAGUGCUUUGCCUGUUCUGGGUGGUGAAGGCUUGCCAGGUGUUUCCCCUCUAUCGCCAGAGGCAGUCACCACGGUAGUCUCAGGACAGGACACAACAGUGGCGCAUCAGAAUGGAUGUUCCAUCACUACGGUGGCAGGUCCGAGCAGUGAUUGCCAGGUGCCAUUUGUUGGCCUGUCCCCACGGCCUGAGCAGGAGGUAAUCCCGGAUGGCUUCCAGGGAACUCCAGUCCUUUCUCUGUCAGAGCUACCCAAAGCUGUUCUCCCAAAUGGCCUCUCCACACCACCUCUUCCCUCAUCCGAGGCUUCUGGUACCCGUCUUUCUCCUCCCAACGUGUCUGCACUACUGGACAUUUCUCUUCCGGGACCUCCUGAGGAUGUUUUGUCUCAGGGAGAGCCUGCUACUCAAAUCAGUGACUCUAUCAUUGAGAUAGCUAUCAGUUCUGGACAGUAUGGAGAAAAUGUUUCUCUGUCCCCAGCGAAGCUGAAUGGCAACGAGAACUCCAAAAGUCUUCCAUCCCCCUCUUGCAGCCCUCAGCAAAAUUGGAUUGCUUCUCCCAGCCAUGACCCACAGUGGUACCCCAACGAUUCCACAGAUUCAUCGCUCAGCAGCUUAUUUUCAAGCUUCCUUUCCCCAGAAAAGGGCCGGAAAACGUUACAAACCUCCACAGGGAACACAAGCAGCACUACGUUAUUAGGACCUAGCCUCCUGGAUGGAAAUUCACGAGAUUCCUUUGUGUCUCGUUCCCUGGCCGACGUAGCUGAGGUGGUAGAUUCCCAACUGGCUUGCAUGAUGAAUGAGAACAGCAUAGAUUACAUAUCUCGUUUCAACGACCUUGCCCAGGAGUUGUCGAUACCUGAGCCACCCCGCCGAGAAAUCCUCUUUGAUGGAGGAAGUGGUGGUCCUCCCAUUGGUGAUCUCACUCAGUAAAUGCGUUCAACCAGCUGGCUGGUGGAAACCACUGAACUGGCUGUAACUUGCAGAGGAGUAACGUCAUAGCUAUGCAGCUGAUUCUGUUCGUUCAUUCUUUCUUUUCUUUCUUUCUUUCUUAGCUAGAGCAUGCCUCACAAGAUCAGUGUUUGUCUUCAACUGUCUACAGCUCCUGGAGUGUGCAGCACACUAGGAAGCAGUAACUGGGAGCAGUGUUAUAGGAAGUGACAUAUGUAAGCUGCUGACAAGUAGAAUUUACAAAAUAGUCCUGGAUUUUUUUUCUCUGGAACAAUCUGGGCAAGAAAUCCCACAAGCUACAUUUUUAUACAGUAAAUCAAGUCCUUUGCUGUGAUAUCUUUUUUUUAAGCUAAAGGGGGAGUGGUAGAUAUAUAUUCUUGAUUUUUAUUCCUUUUAAAAUCUAAUUUUAAUUUAUUUGGGGGUGUUUUUUUGGUCUCUCACAAUUUUCAUUGCUGAAAAAUCAGUAUAUUUAAUAUUCCUUGCACUUUGCUGUCAAGCAGCCAUUAAUUCCAAAGAGCGCUUUUACCAGAUUCCUACCCCACUCACCCAUUUGCUCACAUUCAUUAACAUUCCAGCAUGAUAGGAAAGCCGCUAUAGUUCCAUACAUACACUUUUAAAAAACAAACAGAGGUAGGGCCCCUCUCAUCUUAGCCAGCAUAAUUUUGACUUAAAUUUGCAUGCUUUUUUUCCUCUUAACCCAAGAAAACUCUCUCUCUCUUUUUCCCCCACCCCCAAAGACCAACCUGUCUUUCAAGCAAUUUUAUGUUCCAUUUUCCUCUUAUGGAGUAGAAACUUUGUUGAAAGGGCUGGAGUUAUACUUCAAAUUAAAUGCUUUCUUGUAUUUUUCUCUUUCUUUUUGAAUGGCCAUCACAUAAUCUUAAGAGUCCUCCAGAGAAUAAAACCUGUUACAUUAGUAGAGAAGUAACGCUUUGAUCAUGCCCUACAAAUGCAAGGAAUUUAGGAUAAAAUAUGUUUCAUCUACGUUUCUCUACAUCCAUAGUGAAUUGCAUCAGAGUAUGUCUGAGUCUUUAUUCAGUGCCUCAAGUCCGACCUUACUUUUGUAAUGCUGCAUUUCUAUUUCCUUGUGAAACAGAAGAUUCUGCCUCUGCCUAUUUGCUCACCUACAAACAUGGCUUCUGGCAUAGCAGUUCCCACAUUCUUUACAUCCUGCAAGAAAGUCCAUCUAAACUUCAUUCCUUUAUUCACUCGUUGGUAAUAAUAAUGCUGUUUAGAACGUUGCUCUCGAAACAUAGAUUCUUCUCUGUGGUUGGCAGUGCAUGGGAGCCUGGGGUAGU